AUGUGUUCAGUGAUUCCAUUACUAGUACUCAGCCGCAUUGUUUUCAGUAAGUGGUUCUCAAAGACAAUGGAUCAAGAAGUUCAUCUUCAAAACAAAAUUAGCAAUUUGGUAAACGAAACGUUCAAUUGUAUCAGAACGGUGAUCAGUUUCGCUGCUCAGAAACAAACCAUCAACAAAUUCGAAAAACUAUCUAUGGAGAAUAAUAAACUGACAGAAUCUCGAUUACGUUCUUCUACAGUAUAUGAUAGUGUUACACAGAUUCUUCUUACUGAAUUGAUUUUCACUGCUGCAUUAUGCUAUGGAAUAUGGAGAGUUGCCGAUCAGUCACCUGGAAGACUGGCUGCGGUACUUGUUUUUCGAUUCGGUUUAUACUAG